UAGGCCGUGCAUAGGGGUCGUUUUCCCGAAUCCAUCUAAAUUUAGAGGAGAAACAAUGGCAGCUGCAAAUCUUUCGCCAUCUAAAAUCACAGAAAUUAUUCAUCUAAAAAUAGACAAAAAAGUAUGAAACUCUACGAAAAACAGCCCUGCCUCUCAGAUUCUGUUGUGGUGAACAAAAUUACACGAUUUUAUUCAAUCCUGUUCGUCAUUCGGAAAUGGAUUUCAUAUGAAUCUUCAUUCAGAAAUAGGAAUAGAGAAUUGAGAUUUGUUAAUCGAUAGGUAAUUACUUGUUGUUUUUGUUUCAGAUUACAUGCUAGCUUUGAUCGUCAAUGUGAUUUGGAUUUUGUGUUUACAGUGGAUUUGGCGCUAUAACUGUUGAUUUGUUGGAUUUAUCCGAGUUUUCAGGAAAAAAAAAAAAAAAAAACAAUCCCGAGGGACAUUGUAAUAAGCUUCUGGAUUUAACUCCGGGGAUUUUCAGGUAUCCUAUAUACAUGUGAUGUUAUUGUUAGUUUGAUGAUUUUAGGUUUAAUUGGCAAACGAUGAAAAUUCGGUUGUUUGAUGAUGAUGAGGGAAAAUUGAAGCCUGGAAGUAAUCGAUUUGAUUAUUGGUUUUAUUUAGGGAUUAUGCUUUUGUAUUUUGGUUAAGUCAACUUCAUCAAUUUGCUUGUUUGGCCUAAUUCUGAUAUGAAAACUUGGGGAUGGUGUUAAAUGUCAAUUUCUGUGAUUAACGAAUUACAGAUACCCGGGUGACUCUGCUUCUUGAUCUUUUCUGGAAUGGAUGAAGAGAGAGCUCGGGAAGAUUAUCAAUUUGGUUCUGUUGAUAAGCGUCUCCAAGAAAUCGCCGAUCAAUCCUCUUCUGGUGAGGAUACAUUCCUCAGUCCAGAUUCAUCUUCAGGACGUAUGAAGGCUGAAUAUAUUGAACAUCUUAAUGACGUUUCUCCAGGAAACAGUUAUGCUUCAUCUCCAAAAGCAAUCAAUUAUGGUUCAUCUCCUCCAAAAGCAAACAAUUAUGCUUCAUCCCCUCCAAAAGCAAACAAUUAUGGUUCAUCAUCUCCAAAAGGAGGAGACGUUUAUGGUUCAUCUUUAAAAGCAAACAAUUAUGGUUCAUCAUCUCCAAAACCAAACCAUCAUGCUUCAUCUCCAAAAGGAAACAAUUAUGCUUCUUCAUCUUCAAAAGCAAACAAUUAUGGUUCAUCUCCAAAAGGGAACAAUCAUGGAUCAUCUCCAAAAGCAAACAAAGGUGGUCCUGGUUCGUCUCCAAAAGCAAACAAGGAUGGUUCAAAUAAACCGCUUGAUCAACCUGAUUCAAAAGCUGGUCAAGUUGCUGCUCAUAUCGAUAGGGAGAAGCCCUUUGAAUCCGUUAAAGAAGCCGUUUCCAUGUUCGGUGUGAUUGUUGAUUGGAAAGCUCACAGAGCUCAGACAAACGAGAGACGGAUAUACAUCGAACAAGAACUGGAAAAGGCGCGUCAGGAAAUUCCGGCGUUCAAGAAAAAAUCUGAGGAAGCCGAAAAGGCAAAAUAUCAAGCAUUAAGAGAACUCGAUUGCACAAAAAGGCUGAUAGAAGAACUGAAAUUAAACCUAGAAAGAGCACAAACGGAAGAACGUCAAGCAAAACAAGAUUCCGAACUCGCCCAACUCCGAGUCACAGAAAUGGAACAAGGAUACACCGACGAGUCAUGCGUCGCCGCCAAGACCCAACUCGAAGUCGCCAAAGCCCGCCACCAAGCCGCCGCUGCAGACCUCAUAAAAGCCAGAAAUGACUUGUCAGAAAUCCGUAGAGACUUCGCCGUUUUGAUAACGGAACGAGACGCCGCCAUUCAGAGAGCUCAGGAAUCAGUGUCGGCGGCUAAAGAAGCCGAGAGAUCCGUAGAGGAUUUAACGAUUCAACUCAUAACAACAAAAGAAGCAAUCGAAUCCACACACGCUUCACAUUUAGAAGCCGAAGAACACAGAUACGCAGAAGCCAUAUUACAUGACCAAGACGCCUUAAAUUGGGACAAAGAAUUCAAACGCUCAGAAGAAGAAUUAGAAAAAGUCCAACAACAAAUUGUAUUAGCCAAAGAUCUCAAAACAAAACUCGAAAGCUCUUCAGUUUUACUGUAUAAGUUAAAAGAACAGUUAGCGGUUUACAUGCAAGGGAAUAAUUCCCUGGGGGAAUUAAAUUCCGAUUCCAAUUCCAAUUCCAAUUCCGAUUCCAGUUUCACCCGUAUCGAUAUCCAAUCCGGUAUAGCACUAGCCAAAAAGAACCUCGAAGAAGUCAACCAAAACAUCGAGAAAACGAAAGAAGAAAUCAUGGAUUUGAAAAAUGCCACUGAUUCAUUAACCGCAGAACUAGAAACCGAAAAGGCGACUUUAACGCAAGUCCGGAAGCAAAAAGGGUUAGGGGCAGGGGCAGUUUCGUCUUUAGAAUCCGAAUUAAAACGAACAAGAACAGAACUCGAAGAAAUUCGAAAAAAGGAAAAAGAAACCCAGGAAAAGCUGACCGAACUCCCAAAACAACUCAAAAAGGUGACCGAAGACGCCGAACGCGCCAAAUCGCUGACCGAAGGUGCUCGGAGGGUUUUGAAAAAAGCAAAAGAAUCCACCGACCAAACGAAAUCGGAAGCAAACACGAUGUCAACAAAGCUCGCCGCUGCCCAAAAGGAAAUCGAAGCUGCCCGAGCUGCGGAGAAGUUAGCGUUAGGCGCGAUUAGCGCGCUUCAAGAAAGCGAAUCUUCCCGCGCGCUUAAAUUUGAUGACCAAAAAGACGGUGUGACAAUUACAUUAGAAGAAUAUUAUAGUUUAAGUAAAAAAGGACACGAUGCGGAAGAGGCAGCGGAUAAACGGGUGGCGGAUGCCAUGGCACAGAUUGAGGAAGCUAAGGAUUCCGAAAUGCAAAGUUUGAAUAAACUCACGCAAUUGAAUUCGGAAUUGGCGUCCCGGAAAGAGGCUUUGAAUGUGGCUUUGGAGAAGGCGGAAUUGGCCAAGGAAUCAAAGUUGAAUAUUGAAGAGGAGCUUAAGAAACGAAAGGGAGAAACCGAACAAAAAGCAAAAAAGGAGACAAGUCAUGGCGGUUUUUUUCGCGGGUCGAAAGACAAAGACAAAGACAAGGACAAGGACAAGGACAAAGAGAACGGGAAUCCGGAUCCCAAUUCUACUGCCGGUUCGACUUCCAAUUUGAAUUUGAAGUUGAAUGUUAAUAUUGCUUCCUCUCUUAAAUCGCGGUUUGGGGCAAAGAGAGGGGAAAAUAAGGAUAAUAAAAGUAAAGAUAGUAAAAGUAAGGAAAGUACAUCAGCAACAACAACAACACCAGCAGACUCCAACUCCACCUCCACCGCCACCGCCACUGCCACCACAACCUCCACCACCACCUCUAGCUCCAUCAACCUAUUCAAAUGGGGUAAGGCAGAAAGGGAAAAAAGAAAAGAAAACAAGGAGAAUAAGGAUAACAAGGACAACAAGGAAAAUGCUGAAAGUACAACAGCAACAGACUCCAAUACCAAUACCAAUACCAACACAAACUCUAACUCCAGCUCCAUGAACCCAUUCAAGUGGGGUAAAGGAGAAAAUAAGGAAAAUAAAAGCAAGGAAAACAAAGAGGGUAAAGAAGGUACAGAAGGUACAGCAGCAGCAACAACAACAGAAUCCAAUUCCAACUCCAACUCCAUGAACCCAUUCAAAUGGGGUAAAGGGGAAAGUAAGGAAAAUAAAAACAAAGAAAGCAAAGAGGGUAAGGAAGGCAAGGAAGGUGCGGAAAGCACAUCAACAACAGCAACAACGGAAUCCAAUUCCAACUCCAACUCCAUGAACCCAUUCAAAUGGGGCAAGGGGGAAAGUAAGGAAAAUAAAAACAAAGAGAGUAAGGAGGGGAAGGAAGGUGCCGAAAGUACAUCAACAACCACCACGGAAUCCAAUUCCAACUCCAUGAACCCAUUCAAAUGGGGUAAGGGGGAAAAUAAAAGCAAGGGAAGUAAGGAAAACAAGGAAAGUAAGGAAGCCAAAGAAGGUACGGAAAGCAUAAGUGAGUCAGGUGGUGACGCGUCACCCGAUGGUCCAGGUUCAAAGAAGAAGAAAAAGGCGGCUAUGCCCAAAUUUUUUAUGUUUAUGGGGAAUAAUAAGAAUCCUAAAAAUCUACCGCAAAAGAAUUCCUAAGUCUUUGAAGUGGAGAGUUAGUUUGUUCAUUUUUAGAAAGUGUAAUGUAAAUGACUUACCUUUGUCCAUCAUGUUUGUAUCAUAACGUUCGUUAUAUUUGCUAGUUCUAAAUGAUUUGAAGAUACAUCACCAAAAGUAGUAGGAGGAUAUUUUACAAGUUCAAUUGGAUUAUAUUUGUCAACGAGCUAUGAGGUGACAUGGUGGGAUUUGAUAUAAAACCACUAACCAUUAUCAAAGACAUUUUGAAGCUCCAAAUUCAGAACUAUUUUAUAUCAUUGAUAACCAUUACAUUGUAUUUUGGUAACUUGUGAUAUGAUUAUGGUCUAAAAGGUAGGAGGGUGCAAUAAGUAAGUGUCUACAUAUGCUGAAAGGCCAAAAGGACCAAAAUAGAUUACAGCUACAGCUUUUGAGGACAAACUAGAAGACAACUUCAAACUUCAAACUUCAAAUCCAACCCUGAAUCCCUUAACGGCUUUGAAAAAUUAGAAAUGAAUUAGAGAAAGUCAUGGAUGAUGCAGAAAAUUUUCCCCUGUACUGUCAAAUUUCCAUUAU